AUGGGUAAGAAGGACGAGACCCCGGAACAGCGCGCGGCGCGCAAGGCCAAGGAAAAGGCGAGCGGCGAGAAGAAGGAGAAGAAGAGCGACAAGUCGGAGAAGAAGGAGAAGAAGGAGAAGAAGGAGAAGAAGGACGAGAAACCGGCGCAGCGAGUGGCUCCAGCGAGACGGGUGCCGAAGGCGCCGGAGGUGGAGCGGCCGGCGGAUGAUUAUCUGGCGGGCAUGGAUUUGCCGUCGAGCGAGAGCGAGAGCGACGGCGAGGAAAAGGUUGAGCGAGAGGAGAAGAAGAUCGAGAUCAUCGGGCCGUCAGAUAAGCAGAUCAAACGACAGAGGCAGAAAGAGAUCGAAGCCGCGAGAAAGGAGGCGCAGGCUAAGGCGGAGGCUAUGAUGGAGGACGACGACGCGUUCAACGUGCGCAUCCCGAACAUGUCGGACGAGUACAUGGCGGCGAUUGCGACUAGCAAGGAUAUCAAGAUUGACGGAUUCUCCGUCAGCGCGCGUGGUAAGCCUCUUUUGAACAACACAUCGCUGACGAUCGCACAUGGUCGCAGAUACGGUUUGGUGGGUCCGAACGGUACCGGUAAAACCACCGUGAUGAAGUUGUUGGCGAGACGCAAAAUUCCAGUUCCUGAGCACAUCGAUAUUUUACUGGUCGAGCAAGAGGUCGUCGGCGACGAUCGCUCUGCGCUGCAGUCUGUCGUUGCCGCGGACGUCGAGCUUCAAGAGUUACGAAAGAAGAAAAUCGAUCUCGAAGACAUGAUGGAGAAGCUGGCCAUCGGGGACUCUAGCGUGACCGAGCCUGUGUUCAAGGACGAGGAGACGGGCGAGGAGCACGAUCUCGCCGUCGAGCUCAACAAAACGUACGACCGAUUGAAUCACAAGGGCGAUGCGACCGCAGAGGCACGAGCGUCGAAGAUCCUUCACGGUCUCGGCUUUACGGUUCCAAAGAAGGAUGGCUCUGUGGGUCCCGAUCGUUUCUCCAUGCACAACACCACGAAGAGCUUCUCUGGUGGUUGGCGGAUGCGUAUCUCCCUCGCUCGUGCCCUGUUCAUCGAACCGACGUGCUUGCUGCUCGAUGAGCCGACGAACCACUUAGAUCUACGAGCUGUCAUUUGGCUAGAAGAGUAUUUGAUGCGCUGGAAAAAGACGCUCGUCGUCGUCUCGCACGACCGCGACUUCUUGUCCAACGUCACGACGGACAUCGUGCACUUACACGAUCACAAGCUCGAUCAAUACAAGGGUUCGUUUGAUCAAUUCGAGGAAAUGUACGAGAUUCGUCGUCGCGAGGCAAACAAGGCUUACGAAAAGUAUGAGAAGGAACUGAAGGCUGCCAAGAAGGCAUCAAGUAAGUCCAAGCAAGACGCCGUCAAGGAUAAGGCAAAGAAGGACCAAGAGCGUAAGAAGGGCAAGGAUAAGAACAAGGGUAUGAUGGUAGACGAUGACGAGAACGCACCGGCGCAGUUACCGGAGAAAUGGGCCGAUUACAACGUCAAGUUUAGCUUCCCGACCCCGACCGAGUUGCCGCCGCCUCUCAUCGGUCUCAACGAUUGCUGCUUCGAGUACCCGGGCCUUAAGGGCUUCUCUUUGGAUAAUAUCAACAUCGGUAUCGAUAUGGGUUCUCGCGUUGUCAUCAUCGGUCCGAACGGUGCGGGUAAGUCGACGCUGAUGAACCUCUUAGGCGGCGAUUUGGAGCCGACGGCGGGCGAUUCGCGUCGCUCGCACGCCUUGCGCAUCGGUCGCUAUUCUCAGCACUUCGUUGAUGUCUUGGCCAUGGACGAGAACCCAGUGGAGUUCCUUAGGCGUAAAUACCUCAAGGAUAACGGUUCGUCGUACAAACCCGAAGAAAUUCGCGCCAAACUCGGUCGCUUUGGUCUUCCUGGUCACAACCAUCUCACACCCGUUGUCAAACUCUCCGGUGGUCAAAAGGCGCGUGUGGUCUUCACCGCCAUCGCUUUGUCCAACCCGCACAUUUUGCUCCUCGACGAGCCUACGAAUCACUUAGACAUGCAGUCCAUUGAUGCGUUGGCGGACGCUCUCAAUGAAUUUGAAGGCGGCGUCAUCAUGAUUACGCACGACGCCCACAUCUGCGAAACCGUACUCGACGACGAAAAGAGCGAAAUUUGGGUUGUCGACGAGGGCAAAGUUGACAAGUUCAACGGUGACUUCGAGGAGUACCGCAAACAAUUAGUCGCCGAGAUCGCCGCCGAGCUCGACGAUCAGUAA